AUGCCCGUGUCUUCCCAUGAACUAUUGCCCAUUGCCAAUCGCUCUCGGCUUGCGUCUCCGGGUCUCUCUUCCAGAUACAGCCACAUGUCAUUGAUCAAAAGUGACUCUCCUGAUGUGCUUGACAUUCCGCGGGCGCCCAAGCCUGAGGCGAGUGGCACGCCUCAAUGCACGGCUUUCAUAAGCAAAUUAUACCACCUUUGCGGUCAUGAGGAGUACCGACCAUACAUUCGUUGGAAUGGUCCUGGAGAUGCCUUUGUUUUGGCACAUGCGAAUUCCGAGUUCGCCACGCAGAUCUUGCCUAAAUUCUUUCGGCACAGCAACGUGUCCUCUUUUAUCCGACAAUUGAAUCUCUACAACUUUACGCGUCUACCCACGAUCAAACUACUUGAUCAAGUUGACAACGUUCAGACAAACUCUUCGACCUCUGCCUUUUCCGGAUUCUCUCAUCCCAACUUCCGUCGAGGAGACGAAAAUUCACUGUCAUUGAUAAAGCCGAAACCGAACAAGAACAAGGUCGCACGAAAAGCAACCAAAUGCGCCAUGAGUGCUGAAGACAAGGGUGGAAAAUGCGGGCGAAAAAACAACUCCAUCCCGGGAAAACUCUAA